CUUGAGCUGAAUUACAGGCUAUAGCAGGUAACCCCAAAAGAGUCUCAUAAAUUUCUUCAAUAUAAUUUUAGAAGAAAUAAAUAAAUAUCUAGUGAUUGGAGUGACUAAAUAAUUGCUUGACCAAUUAGAUUCUGAUGCAAUUAAAUGAAUGUACUACAUGGUUCAAGUUGUAUUUUCAAAUGCCAUGAUGAUUACAAAACGAACACAUAAUUGAUGUAGCAAACUAUUGCAACGGCUAGAUUGAUAAACAAAUCAAGCUUUUUUUUUAAUAGUUUCUAGCCGACCUUCAUUGCCAAACCAUCUAGAGGCUAUAAACCUGAAGCCGACAAACAGUUUCUUAGAUAUAAAUCUAGCAAUAUUUUAUCUGAAACUAGGUGCUAGGUCAUGUGUUCACUCUCUCGUCGGCAUUUGAGCUUUAACGUUAUGGAGAUUCAAGGCUAUAUAUAAAUAGUAUAAUGCAUUGCCAGAACUCUUAUCUUCCCAUCUGUCCUUCAACGUCACAAAUUCAGCAAUGGAAGCAACUUCUCUAAGCUCCUCCUCUUCCUCUUUCCUGCAUUCCCGGAAAAUGUUACUCUGGGACGAUAAAAGGCGUAGAGGCCGCAUGGUUUUUGUAGCUGGAAGAGACUCUCAGCAAUGGAAUUACAGUGGACAACUGGUGAAUGAAAGCCUGAUCGUGUUACGAAAACGGAUUCAUGAUUUGAAGAUCAUAGAGAGAAACUAUGAGCCUCCGGCGGAUUGGAUGGAGUGGGAGAAGCAGUAUUAUACAUCUUAUAACGAGUUCAUUUGUAAAAUGGUGGGGUUAUUGCAAUCACAUUUGAUGAACACAAGGCCUAGCUUGGCUCUUGGGGCGUUGGCAUUGGUUACAAUGAGUUUGCAAGUAUCCAUGGUCAUGGUUUUAGUGUACUUGAUGCAGGCAGCCAAUGGAAUCUUGUCUACC